GACCUCCCUUUCAAUAUUUGCUUUAUAUUGAACUGGAGCUGGAACUGGAGAGCUGCUAGAUCUUGUUUGUUUAAGGAUAAAGAAAAUUGAGAUUGUUAGGUCAUUUCAAGUCACUUAUAGGGAACAAAUCACAGGCAGAAGGAUGUAUAGCUGAAGGUCAAAAAAUUGAAGAAGCUCUAACUCUUUAUUCUCGUUAUUUUGAGGAUAUCGAAUCGAGGGUAAAUAGGCCUAAACGAGUAAAUGAUGAAACAAAUCAUGAUGAGGUUCCUGAAAGGUCAUCUAUGUUCCCUCGACAAGGUAAAGUUGUCGGAGGCUUCAUAACAUUUGCUUUGACUCAUUUGGAGAAAACUCAAGCUCAUCGAUAUGUAUUACUUAAUUGCGCUUCAGCAAAGCCAUUUAUUGAUGAAUUUAGGCAACACAUUAAAAGGAGUUCAAGAGGCAGAAAACCUUCGAUAACAGAGGUAGAAAAGAGAAUUAAUAGAGAGUUUACUGAUUGGUUUCCUAAGCGGAUAAUGAAUCCAGAUAUAGAAGACACAAUCUCUGAUGAUAUAAAGUUUUUAGCACAAGGUCCAGCGCCAUAUGCAAGAAGAUUCACUGCUUAUAACAUUAAUGGGUUCAAAUUUCGAACUUUGUCAAGAGAACAAGGAUUGAAAACUCAAAAUAGUGGAGUUUUUCUUAUGUCUAACACUUCUUGCGUUGCAUCUAGUGCUGAUAGAAAUGCAAGACAAGCAGAUUUGCCAUAUUAUGGGAAGUUGGAAGAUAUUAUUGAGCUUAACUAUUAUGGAAAGUUCAGGGUUGUGCUUUUCAAAUGCAAGUGGGCUGACACUACCCGAGAUAGAGGGUUUAAAAGAGAUGUUUGGAACUUUAAUUGUGUAAAUUUUUCUAAAUUGAUUCACACCGGUGAUCGUGAGGAUGAUGAUCCUUAUAUUGAAGCAUCACAAGCAAAUAUGGUUUUCUAUGUUGAUGAUGAAACAGAUAAAGAAUGGAGUGUAGCUAUACAUUUACAACCAAGAGAUGUGUUUGACAUGGGACAAGAUUAUGAAGAAGAGAUAUUUGAGAAUGAGCCCUACCAACAACAAGAAUUUGAAAUUUUUUUCGAUGUUGAUUAUGGAAAUGUCCAAAUCUCAACAGAGGAGCAUAUUUCUGAACACACAUAG